AUGUUUUUCUUCGGGCUGGGAGGGCUGUUCUACGUUGCCGUACUCCUCAUCAAUGCUAUCGCCAUCCUCUCCGAAGACCGCUUUCUCGCACGCAUUGGUUGGACAGCAUCGGCAGAUCCUGGCUUCCCUGGCCAGCGCGAUGACUCGAGUGUCAAGGCACGAUUGAUCAACCUUGUCUCCUCUGUACGAACAUUGAUGCGGAUACCGUUAAUGUUCAUCAACACCCUUAUGAUAAUAUACCUCAUCGUUCUUGGAUGA